AUGGUUCAGAAUCAUUUAUUUCCAUCCUUAGAAGACAACCUGAUGGUUAGACCACAAGAUCCAUUAGGAAAGACAAUGCCUGUCGGCAGAAAUCCUGUCCACCUCAAGCACGAGAUGAUCUACAGCACCAGUCCCAGCAUUUCCGCUUCUCACCCUGCUGCUCACAUGGACUCCUUGGAAAUCAUGGAGCCCAUGUGCUCCCCAUCCCUCCCACCAGAACCGUCCAAUGGUACCAUAUAUACUUCCAUUGGCACGCCUCACCAACAACCUCACACGCUACAUAGUUUCCACCAGAGUUAUCGAGGAAGUUUGACCUCUCGAGUGUUGGACAGAAUCAGUCCCGAAGAAUCAUCUGAUCUUGAGACGUUCGCUGAGCGGUUCAAGCAGCGAAGGAUCAAGCUGGGAGUGACACAGGCGGAUGUAGGACGAGCCCUAGUGCACCUCAAACUGCCUGGCGUUGGAACAUUGUCUCAAAGUACGAUUUGUAGGUUUGAAUCACUGACACUAUCUCGAAACAACAUGACUGCCCUAAAGCCUAUUCUGCAGUCCUGGCUGGAGGCAGCAGAAUUGCAUGCAAAAAGACGAGAUGACAGCAGCUCCCCUCUGUUGCCAACAGCCGAUACGAAAAAGCGAAGGCGUACGUCAAUAGCAGCCCUUGAAAAACGCCACCUGGAAGCAUACUUCGCAGUUCAGCAAAGACCUAGCAGCGAAAGAAUAGCUUCAAUAGCUCAAAAGUUAGAUCUCAAAAAGAGUGUGGUCAGGGUUUGGUUUUGCAACCAAAGGCAGAAACAGAAGAGGAUGAAAUACUCAGCUACACUUCAAAUACCAAACUGA